CUCACUUCCUCCAUGUCGCUUUGUGAUGUACUUUAAGCCACCGUCUCGUCAAAGUCCUCAUUCUGGUGACGGGGUGUUUGGUGCCUCUCUGAAACUCCUCGAGUAGAAUCGCCCCCACGCGACUCCCAGUUCACCAUGUCCAGGAAGGUUGUGAGGUCCAGUAAGUUCCGCCACGUCUUUGGCCAGGCUUUGAAAACCGACCAAUGCUACGAUGACAUCCGAAUCUCCCAGAUGACGUGGGACAGCAACUUCUGCUCCGUUAACCCCAAGUUUGUAGCCAUGAUCGUGGACGCCAGCGGCGGCGGCGCCUUCAUGGUGUUGCCCAUGAGCAAGACCGGACGUAUCGACAUGUCCUACCCCACCGUGUGCGGCCACACGGGACCGGUCCUGGAUAUUGAGUUUUGUCCUCACAAUGACAACAUCAUCGCCAGUGGCUCUGAGGACUGCAGUGUCAUGAUUUGGGAGAUCCCGGACGGCGGGCUGACCUCUCCGCUCACGGAACCCGUGAUCAAGCUGGAAGGCCACUCCAAGCGCGUCGGCAUCCUGAGCUGGCACCCCACCGCCCACAACGUGCUGCUGAGCGCAGGCUGCGACAACGUGCUGAUCCUGUGGAACGUGGCCCGCGGGGAGGCCGUGGUGCGGAUGGACAGCGUUCACCCCGACCUCAUCUACAGCGCCUGCUGGAACCGGGACGGCUCCCAGAUUCUCACCUCCUGCAAGGACAAGACCAUGCGUGUGCUGGACCCACGCAAGGGCACCGUCCUCAUUGAGAAGGAGAAGCCUCACGAUGGCUCCAGGCCCACCCGGGCCGUGUUCGUGUCCGACGGGAAGAUCCUCAGUACCGGAUUCAGUCGCAUGAGCGAGAGGCAGGUGGCGCUGUGGGACCCGAACAACUUCGCGGAGCCUCUGACCUUGCAGGAACUGGACACCAGCAGUGGCGUUCUUCUGCCAUUUUUCGACCCAGACACUGGCAUCGUCUACCUCUGUGGCAAGGGCGACAGCAGCAUUCGUUACUUCGAGGUGACAGACGAAGCCCCUUACGUCCACUACCUGUCCAUGUACGGCAGCAAGGAGAGCCAGAAGGGGAUGGGAUACAUGCCCAAGAGGGGCCUGGACGUCCACAAGUGUGAAAUCGCUAGGUUCUACAAACUCCAUGAGAGGAAGUGUGAGCCGAUAGUCAUGACGGUGCCGCGCAAGUCGGAUCUGUUCCAGGACGACUUGUACCCGGACACCGUCGGCCCCGAGCCGUCGGUCGAAGCUGAUGAGUGGUUUCAAGGAAAAGAUGGCCAGCCUGUUCUGAUCUCUCUCAAGGACGGGUUUGUUGCACCCACCAAAGCCAAAGAGUUCAAGGUUCACAAGAGUCUCCUGAAGACAUCGACCGCUUCUGCCGGGAAUCCACACGACAACAGCGGGGAGGUUCAGUCCUUGAGGAAGGAAGUGAAAGACCUCAACGCGGCGGUGGAGGAGCUGACCAAGCGCGUGAAGGAGCUGGAGAGCAAGCAGGUCUGAUGAACGUGAUGAAUAAACCAGCAGAGGGAAACAACAGAAGGACAUUAAGAGAAGAGAGUGCUGACAAAACUACAGUUGUUUUGUUUUCGUUGACUUGAAUUUGUUUAUUUGAUUUGUCUGGUAAAUUUGUUAAAGUCCUAUUUUAAUAUAUGCUUUUAGGUUGGAAUAAAAUCUUCUGUAUUUUCAAA